AUGAUACGAGCUGAAAAUCUCAUCCCCACCGUCCAAUUCGCCGCCGUAUUCUUUUACCUUUUAUGCCCUAAUUUCAGCUCGGCACAGGGCAACACUUCAUCCGGCAACCCGUGCGAUUCGUACGGCGUAUGCGGCGCCUUCGGCUUCUGUAACCCGCAGAGCUCCCCGAUUUGCUCGUGUCUGCCGGGGUUUUACCCGCGUACCCUGGCGGAGUGGGAUUCGGGUAAUUGGACCAGCGGGUGCGUCAGGCGGGCCCGGCUGAACUGCAACGGAACGGCUGAUGGCGGAAGGGAGGACAGGUUUUUGAGGCUCCCGAGGAUGAAGAUGUCCGGCUACUCGGACCGGUGGCCGGGCACGGAGGACCAGUGCGGAGGUCGGUGCUUGAGUAACUGCUCGUGCAUAGCUUUUGGUUUUGAUGUUGGGAUUAGGUGCAUGUUCUGGAGCACUGGGACCUUGAUCGACAUCCAGAAGUUUCCGAACGGGCCGGGCGGGUCUGAUCUUCAUAUUCGAGUUGCAAAUUCUGAAUUGGGUGGUAAAAAGGACAAUAAGAUGACUGUGAUAGUUGUGGUUGUUUUGGUUGGCUUUGUUAUUGUUGUGUCCGUGUGCGCAUUUUUUAUUUGGAAAUGGAGGGCUAAGCGUAGAGCCAGAAGAAGAGCAAGUGAAUCUGCAGAGGCAGGUGAAUCCAGUUCGCUCGGUUACUCUCUCCACGACAAAAUGCGCCGCCAAGUCAAUCUUGAAGAAUUACCAUUGUUCAAAUUCGAAACACUUGCAAAUGCAACCAACUUCUUCUCGGAAGCUAACAAGCUGGGGAAAGGUGGUUUCGGCCCUGUUUACAGAGGAAAACUGGCAAAUGGGAGAGAAAUUGCGGUUAAGCGGCUCUCGAAAGCAUCCGGGCAAGGUAUACAGGAAUUCAUGAAUGAAGUAGGACUGAUUUCGAAGCUUCAGCACAGGAAUCUUGUGAGGCUACUCGGAGGCUGCAUCGAGAAUAAAGAGACGAUGUUGAUAUAUGAGUAUAUGCCUAAUAGAAGCUUGGACAUUUUCCUAUUUGAUCCAUCUAUAAAUAUCCUGGACUGGAGAACGCGUUUCAACAUUAUUGAGGGUAUAUGUCGGGGCCUCCUUUAUCUUCACAGGGAUUCAAGAUUGAAGAUAAUCCAUAGGGAUCUAAAGCCUAGUAAUAUAUUGUUGGAUCAUGAUUUGAAUCCAAAGAUUUCAGAUUUUGGGAUGGCAAGAAUAUUUGGAACCAAACAAGAUCAUGUCAGCACUGUGAGAGUCGUUGGAACCUAUGGAUACAUGGCUCCAGAGUACGCGAUGGAAGGAAGAUUUUCAGAAAAAUCUGACGUUUUUAGUUUAGGAGUUCUGAUAAUCGAGAUUAUCACCGGGAGAAGGAACACGAGUCCCCAAAGUCAGCAAGGAUCUGUGAACCUUUUGGGACAUGUGUGGAAAUUGUGGAAUGAAGGCAAUAGUGCGGCUUUCAUCGAUCCGAGAAUAUAUAACAAAAAUUACGAAUCGGAGGUCAUGAGGUGCGUGCACAUAGGGUUAUUGUGUGCCCAAGAAUCUCCUAAAGACAGGCCAUCUGUUUCUGUUGUGCUGUCCAUGUUAAUAAGCGAGACUAUGGAUCUUCCCGAGCCAAAGGUCCCGGCUUUUAGCAUUAAAUCGAGCCGUACGGAAACAGGCACGAGCUCUUCACAACAGAGCCAAAAGAGUAAUAGCUCUGUGAAUAAUCUUUCAAUAACCAUGGUCGAUGGACGCUGA